GGCUUCUAGAAAGUAUAAAUAGCUUUUGACUAUCCCAUCCCAUUUCAGCAGCUCUCUCUCUUUCCCUCGAGUAGCGGUGGAAGUUCGUUUUUCUCAACGGCAAUAGGGAAAGAUGCAAAUCCGGUGGGGUUUUUUCAUGGCGAUCUCUUUCUUACAGGCCACAAUUCUCAUGUCUCUAGUGAGUGCAGGUUCCAGUCCAAGGUUUCUUUUGACUACCAAUGCUACAUCAUCUGUUCCACAUGAAGCUAACACUUUUGCAAACUCUAUUGCCAAGGAGGGUGUGGAUAGGGAAAAACAUGCAGAAGAGUAUUGUUCCAUGUACGAUAUUUGCGGACAACGUCGUGAUGGAAAGGUUUUGAACUGCCCGUAUGGUUCCCCGUCAGUAAAGCCAAACGAGUUGCUUUCUUCAAAGAUACAAAGCCUAUGCCCUACAAUUACUGGCAAUGUUUGCUGCACUUCGGAUCAGUUCGACACAUUGCGCGGACAAGUCCAACAAGCAAUUCCUUUUCUCGUAGGUUGCCCUGCAUGUCUUAGGAACUUUUUAAAUUUUUUCUGCGAGCUGUCCUGCUCUCCGAAUCAAAGCCUUUUCAUCAAUGUGACUUCUAUUUCCAAGGUUAAUAACAAUCUGACUGUCGAUGGGAUUGACUUUUAUGUGACUGAUUCAUAUGGCGAAGAGUUAUAUAACUCUUGCAAAGAUGUAAAGUUUGGGACCAUGAAUGUUCGAGCCAUGGAUUUUAUUGGUGCUGGUGCUCAGAAUUUCAGAGAAUGGUUUGCAUUUAUUGGUCAGCAAGCAGCCCUUGACACCCCUGGUUCCCCAUAUGCAAUUAAUUUCCGAUCAAACAUUCUGGAAUCAUCUGGGAUGAAGCCUAUGAAUACAUCUGUUCAUUCAUGUGGGGACACUUCACUGGGUUGCUCUUGUGGUGAUUGCCCUUCUUCUCCUGUAUGCUCUGAUUCAGCACCUCCUGCUCCACACGACAAAGGUUCUUGCUCUAUUACAAUUGGGUCUCUUAAGGUCAAAUGUUUAGAGUUUUCGUUAGCGAUUCUGUACAUUAUUUUAGUUUCUGCAUUUUUCGGAUGGGGUUUCUUACACAGAAGAAAAGAGAGGAGUCCUUCAUCUAGAAUGAAACAUUUGUUAAAUGCCAAGGAAGAAAGCGAAGUCCAUUCUGUGAACAAGCAGGGAGAUGAGAGCCGUUCUGUGCAGAUUCCUGAAGGGGGUACUCCUCUGAUGAAAGGACUUCAACUUUCUUUUGUUCAAGGCUAUAUGUCAAGUUUCUAUAGGAGAUAUGGAACAUGGGUUGCCAGAAACCCAACUAUUGUGUUAUGCUCGUCGUUGGGUUUCACUUUUCUAUUAUGUUUAGGUCUAAUCCGUUUCAAGGUGGAGACACGGCCUGCAAAGCUGUGGGUCGGGCAUGGGAGUAAAGCAGCAGAGGAGAAACAAUAUUUUGACAACCACCUUGCACCAUUUUAUAGGAUUGAACAGCUUAUAUUAGCUACUAUUCCUGUUUCAAAAAAUGGCAAGGCACCCGGUAUUGUGACAGAGAGCAAUAUCCAGUUACUCUUUGAAGUACAGAAGAAGGUUGAUGGGAUUCGUGCAAAUUAUUCUGGAUCUAUGGUAUCCCUGGCUGACAUUUGCUUAAAGCCACUUGGUCAAGAUUGUGCGACACAGAGUGUUCUGCAGUAUUUUAAAAUGGACCCAGACAAUUAUGAUUUCUUUGGGGGAGUUGGACAUGCUGAGUAUUGCUUUCAGCAUUAUACCUCUUCAGAAUCAUGUUUGAGUGCAUUUCAAGCCCCUGUUGAUCCGAGCACAGCAUUAGGGGGAUUUUCUGGGAGCAACUAUUCAGAGGCUUCUGCAUUUGUAAUAACCUACCCGGUGAAUAAUGAGGUUGAUAAAACAGGCAAAGAAAAUGGAAAGGCAGUGGCUUGGGAGAAGGCUUUCAUUCAUUUAGUAAAGGAAGAGCUAUUGCCGAUGGUACAGUCACAAAACCUUACACUUUCCUUUUCAGCAGAGUGUUCUAUUCAGGAGGAGCUGAAAAGAGAAAGUACUGCAGAUGUGAUAACUAUAUUGAUAAGCUAUCUUGUGAUGUUUGCUUACAUAUCUAUGACAUUGGGAGACACACCUCAUUUAUCUUCAUUCUAUAUUUCAUCUAAGGUACUUCUUGGCUUGUCAGGAGUCGUGGUUGUCAUGCUCUCCGUUCUUGGAUCCAUUGGAUUUUUCAGUGCCAUUGGAGUAAAAUCUACACUCAUCAUUAUGGAAGUCAUCCCUUUUCUUGUUUUGGCUGUUGGAGUGGAUAAUAUGUGUAUCCUGGUACAUGCGGUCAAACGCCAACCACUGGAUUUGCCUUUGGAAGGACGCAUAAGUAAUGCCCUGGUUGAAGUUGGGCCAUCUAUAACACUAGCUAGUCUAUCUGAGGUUUUGGCCUUUGCAGUUGGAAGUUUCAUUCCAAUGCCUGCGUGCCGUGUAUUCUCCAUGUUUGCAGCAUUGGCAGUUUUCCUGGACUUCCUUUUACAAGUUACGGCAUUUGUUGCCUUGAUAGUUUUUGACUUUUUAAGGACAGAGGAUCAAAGGAUUGAUUGUUUUCCAUGUAUAAAGAUUAGUUCAACUACUGCUGAACCUGGUAAUGGUCAAAGAAAACCUGGAUUACUGGCACGCUAUAUGAGGGAAGUGCAUGCACCCUUUCUUGCCCUUUGGGGAGUUAAAGUUGUUGUUGUUGCGGUCUUUGUUGCUUUUGCACUUGCAAGCAUAGCAUUAUCUACGAGGAUUCAACCUGGAUUGGAACAAAAGAUUGUUCUUCCACGAGAUUCGUAUCUUCAGGGUUAUUUUGAUAACGUUUCAGAGCAUCUCAGAGUAGGGCCACCAUUAUAUUUUGUUGUGAAGAACUUCAACUAUAGCUUGGAAUCAAACGAUACAAACCGGUUAUGCUCCAUCAGCCAGUGUGAUUCCAACUCUCUUUUAAAUGAGAUAUCAAGAGCAUCCUUACUGCCAGAUUCAAGCUACAUCGCUAAGCCAGCUGCUUCAUGGCUUGAUGAUUUUCUUGUAUGGAUAUCUCCAGAAGCUUUUAGUUGCUGCCGCAAGUUUACAAAUGGGAGUUAUUGCCCCCCUGAUGAUCAGCCUCCUUGCUGCCCAAGUGGUGAAAGCUCGUGUGGGGUAUCUGUCGUAUGCAAGGACUGUACCACGUGCUUCCGUAAUUCAGAUUUGCAUAGUGGUCGUCCAUCCACAGCACAGUUCCAGGAGAAGCUCCCAUGGUUUCUCAAUGCAUUGCCCUCAGCUGAUUGUGCUAAGGGUGGUCAUGGAGCUUACACUAGCAGUGUGGAUCUAAAUGGUUAUGAGAGUGGUGUCAUUCAAGCUUCGGAGUUUCGUACCUACCACACACCUCUUAAUAAACAAAGCGACUAUGUAAAUUCAAUGCGAGCUGCACGAGAGUUCAGUUCUAAGGUUUCUCAUUCUUUAAAGAUUGAUAUCUUUCCAUAUUCAGUUUUUUACAUAUUUUUUGAGCAAUACCUGGAUAUAUGGAGGACAGCUUUAAUCAACAUCGCUAUAGCUCUUGGUGCUGUAUUUAUCGUUUGUCUGGUUAUCACUUGCAGCUUAUGGAGCUCAGCAAUUAUUAUAAUGGUGCUGGCAAUGAUUGUUGUGGAUCUUAUGGGUGUAAUGGCAAUUCUGGAUAUCCAACUGAAUGCAGUCUCCGUUGUAAACCUUGUAAUGUCGAUAGGGAUUGCUGUUGAGUUUUGCGUCCACAUAACACAUGCUUUCUCGGUUAGCAAUGGGGAUAGGGGACAACGGGCCAAAGAGGCUCUAAGUACAAUGGGAGCUUCUGUGUUCAGUGGAAUCACGCUGACGAAACUUGUUGGAGUGAUUGUCCUACGCUUUGCACGAUCAGAAAUUUUUGUGGUUUAUUAUUUCCAAAUGUAUCUCGCGUUGGUCCUGAUCGGGUUCUUACAUGGGCUUGUCUUUCUGCCUGUGGUGUUGAGCAUGUUCGGUCCUCCUUCAAGGUAUGUACUUGUUGAAAAGAAUCAAGAUGACCAGCCGACAACUUCACAGCUGACUUGAUCAUAUUCACAGCCAAUCACAAAUAUUUUCAUCAGCAAACAUUUCGUGUCAAGGAAGCUUUUCCUCUGUAAUUGGAUGAAUUGUAAAUGUCCAAACUCUAAUUUAAUAUAUGAUUUUGUUUCCAUUUUGUUACAUGCAAUGGGAAUUCUCCGAUGUUUGCCAU